AUGGAUAAAGAUAACACUAAAUUAGAAAGAUAUAAAUUAUAUAGUGUCGCAUUUUUUGUUUUUAGUAUAAUUUUUAGUUAUUUUAUGAUUUUAAAUCGCAGAAAAAACUUACAAAUCACAAUUAUUAAAAAAUAUCCAAGUCGAAGAGAGGAAAAAUUUUUAAUAGAAUUGUCAUUACAAGACAAACUUAUUCAAGUUAGAACUAGGCUCAAGGAAAUUAUGAGCUUAGAUUGUUAUUUUAUGACAAGCAAAGAUGUUAAAGCCCUAAACGAAUCUGAAUUAAGCGUAUCAGAUAUUAUUGAAAAUAACGUUGACAGCCAUUUUUUACAUAUUGGGCAACCAACAGAAUUUAAUUACACUAGUUUAAAUGAUGAAAAAGCAUUCGUCGUAAGUGAAUAUGAAUAUAUUAAACAAGCCAUUAGAAAUGCUUUUAAAAUUAAGAUCAGCAAAAUUAAAUUAAUAAAUGAGGAGUUCUCGAAAACAAUUGAAUCAAAAUGUAGACAUAAAUGCGAAAAAGAGUGUAAAAGAAAAUUCAUUUUUGAUGGCAGAUUCUCAGUCCCAGAUGCUACGCAAUGGUUUUCUGCUAUUUUUGGAUUCUCUCUAGAUAAUUCUAGGCAGGAGAAUUCACAAUACACCGUCUCGACUGAACAUAAGAUUUCUGUAUUUCGAAAAGCUAAAAUAAUUUUAGAAUACAAAAAUAAUGAGUGUAUUGAACCUACAGAUGAUUUUAUUAAUGAUGUUAAAACAGCAUUAAAUGAUUCUGACCCAAUAAGAGAACUUCGCAGGGUUUCGGAAAAUUAUGGUUAUUUUUAUGCGCGUAUCCUUUACGUGGGAGCCUCCAUCGAUAAAAAUAUAAUUAAUACUGAAGACUCAAGUACAAUACACAAAUCUGGAAAUAUAGCUGGAUUGUUUAAAACCGGAACUUCGAAUGCCAAUGCAAACAUUGGAGCUACUCAUAAAAAAGAAAUAAGAACAAAUUCUUCUAACAGUAAUUCAGAAAUUACGGAUCAAUCUAUUGGUACAACUGAUCCUAAAAACUGGGAAGUAAUUGGGUAUGAUAAGAUUUAUUCAAUAUUUGAAUUGUUAAGUAUUGAUUUGCGACAAAUGGUUUUAGAAGCUUUAGGCAAGAGAAUUUUAGAUGCGGGUGUUAUUGAUAUAAAAUUUUUUGCGAAAAAAACUAAAGAAUUCAUACCAACUAAAUAUCGCUUAUCUGGGUAUAUAGAUGAUACUAUUGAUAUAAGUAGAUGUCAGAUAUUCACUUCAAUAAUGAGCAAAAAUGGCAGUAAUAAUUUAUUUUCUUCAUAUGUGCAUUAUCGCGAUUUUGGAAGCGAACCAGAAGUCAUUGUACAUCUUAUUAAUCGAUCAGGAAAUAGAUUUAAUAAAGACUAUUCAGCUCAACUUAGUUGGAUUGUUGUCGGACCACUUACAAGCUUCGAUUUUAGUUCAAAACAUCAGAGAGAAAGAGAGAGAGAGAAAAAGAGAAAGCGAGGGAUAGAACCUAAUUCUACUAUGCAGGACUUACUUUAUCUGUUUUUAAAAUUAGAGACUAGAAGAUUUGAUAUUUCUGAAAAUCAGAAUAUUGAUGAAUUUAAUAAUUCAUCUUUUGACACUCAAGAAACAUGCGUAUUGGGAAUUUGUGAAUUAAAAUCUAACUUUAAUAAUGAUACAAUUGUUUAUGGUGCUCACUUGACAUCUCAUACACGAUCUGCACAUUUGUUUGCUUAUUGUCUUAAAGAUAAUAAAGAACGUGAGGAUUUGCUAAACGUCAUUAUCAAUAAUGUUAGGUCUUCUCAACAAUAUAAAAUUGGUCAAACUUAUGUUGACUUGAAAUCCAAUAAAAAUUUUUGUAUAGCAAAUACUUGUCAAAAUAAGAAAAUUAAUAUAGAAUUUCCAAUAUUGGUGAAUCAACACUUUACCAAUUGUGAUAAAAAUUGCAGACAUAAGGGAUUCAUAUGUGUUAAUUCUAAACAUGAAGUUAUUCAUGGGUUUUUACCCUUAAAUGAUCAAACCGACCAAUUACCGCCUUGUCCUAGAAAAAUUUCUUACUUUUUAAAGGAAGAUCAUUAA